AGCAUCUUCCAAAAUGCACUUCUUUCUCAACAUCCUCGCCUUCGCCUCCAUCGGCCUAUUUGUCAACGGAGAAGAGUGGUGUAUGUCACAAUUCAUGGAAGGUUGGCAAUAUGCUAAUGUCGCUCAGCCGUUUCAAGGUGGAAAAGCAUCUAGUGUGACUGAAUGUAUGAACAGAUGUUUGGACAAUCAUAUAUGUAUGUCCUCCGAAUUCCAAUACAACAAUGGGGUUUGCUAUAGCUAUAAUACACUCGCUGUAAAAACCCAUUAUUUGGUGCCUAACUUUUAUUAUAGCAAGCCUAUGGAAAAUAAGUUCAAUCCCAUCAAAUCUAAUGUGGCUUUUAAGGCCCCCAAGAAAAAUGGAGUUUGUCCACCGGAUCAAGUCAGAAACGGUGACACCGUAACACUACCAAAUGGAAGGAAGUACUCGCUCAAACGAAUCGACACGAGAUUUGAAGUUAAAGAAGUGUGAUUCAUGUAUUGAUUCAAGAUUAAUAAAGUUUUCAUUCGGCAA